AUAACAAGCAAAUUCUUAUAAGGCGAAGCAUUAAUUCCACAAAUUACAUAGUACAGUUAUCUGUUUUAUUUACGGUUCUGAAUAAAAUUUUCUUAAAAAAAAGGAGAAAUGGAUGAAGAACAAAUCCUACGUGACAGACUUUCUGUCGAAGAAAGAAAUCUCCGCCGAGUUACUAAGAAACAUUCUGUCUUAAUAAAUUCCUUGGAACAAGGAAAUAUAAAAGAUAUACAACAACAGUUUAAUGAUUUCAUGGUCGAUUUUUCGUCAUAUGAACUUACUCUUACCAGGUUUCAAGCAAUUCAUGAUAUGAAUUUGCAAGAAACACGACAUUGGAAUGAAGAAGCUCAAAGAAUAGAGUUAGAGAUAAAAGAUACCAUGCUAGUUAUCAAGAAUUUAGAAAAAGAAUUAGCUCAAGAAGAGGAAAUACGUAGAAACAAAGCAGAGUAUGAUCAAUUAGCAGCAGUGAUCAAUCAACAAAAAACUCGGGAAGAAUCUUUAAGUGCGAUUUCAAAAUUAGAUGAAGAGAUAAUUUCGUUAGAAGAAAAGGAUAAAUUAUUAGAUGAAACAUUAGAUCGCCGUAAAAUACAACUUCAACGUAUACUUACAGUAGUACAAGAAGUACAAAGUGAAAUAGAAAUUGAAAGAGAACAAAACCCUCAAGUGGUUGACGAUGAAGAAGCUCCCACAACACCUGAUUCCAUGAGAAGUGAAUUCUUUUCACCUAUCGCUAAUCCUUCUUCACCCGCUGAACAUGUUAUUGAAGGUGACAAUCCUCCAAAAGUAAAUGGUAUUAACGGUAUCAACCCAUCAUCUAGCAAUUUAGCAGAUAAUGAUAACGAAGGCGACCACCACAGAAUAAGUAACGAUAAUGAUGAGAAUAAACAACAAGAUAAUGAAGAAAAUUCUCCAAGACAACAAAGUCAGGAUAUUGCUAGUACUUCGGAUAAUUUAACCGAAGUAGGCGAUGAUGUGGGUGAAAUUGGAGAAUUGGCCGCAGAUGAAGCGGAUGAAGAUGAGAAUGAAGUGGUUCGUGAUGAUGUUACAGAUGCUGAUGAUGUCGAUACAAUUGACAGUUCAUCGGAUGGAGUAGAUCUGAAUCAAAAUGAGCAAAAUGCCGAUACUGAAGACUUAGACGAUGGGGAUGUAGUAACGAGUGAUAAUGAGAAGAAUGAUAUAAAAUAUGAAGAUGAGAAUCAAGAUGAUGUUCCUGUACCGACUGAUGACGGUGACGACGGUGAAAUUGUGGAGGAUUCGGAUGAAAAUCAAAGAGGUGAAAAGAGAAAGCGAGGUGACGAGGAGGAAGAGGAGGAAGAGGAGGAAGGGUUAAUAAAAGAAAAAGUUCCUCGAUUAUCUGAUGACGACGAAGGAUUAAUAGAAGAAAGUGAAGAAGAUGAGGGUGUAAUAAUUAAAGACGAACAAUAGAAAAUAAAUGUUGUAGCGAUAUUUAAUUAUUGAUUAUUUUUUUUUAAUCAAUAGAAAUUUUAGGUAUUUUACAACUAUCAUUAUAGAUGAAAGUGUAAUUUAUAUAAAAAUUAUGAUAAUUUCACGCGCUAAAUUCAAAUCAUAAAGUGUAACAAAUGCACUUUUAUGAUUAGAAGUAUUGUAUUGUAUAUAUUUUUUAAUUUCUCUUAGAUACAUUAUAAAUUAUAAUAAACUACAGUGCCUGGUAAUAAGUUACCUAUAAAUU